GUUGUCGGAGAUGGGCUUGCCAUCAUGCGGUGGCGGCCCACCGCAAUGCCGAGCCAGAUUUCGCGCCGCGUAUGCGGCGUCAGCUCUCACCGUCCUCUGUUUGGCGGUGAAAGGCCCGCUCGGCUUCACUCAGCCGAUGAAAGGUGGCCAGCUUGAGUCGCAGCCUCGGCAGCUGGUGACGACCAGAGCGGAACUGACCGAGGUGGGGCCCGCCGAGCUGGAGGCAGCCAUUCGGAGCGGCCCAGUGGUGCUGGACGUGUAUGCGGUAUGGUGUGGGCCGUGCAAGAUGUUGGAGCCAACCCUCGAGAAGUUGGCUGAGCAGCUCAGCGCGUUUGAGGAGGAGGGGCUGCAAGUGCCUCAGGUGCUGCGUAUGGACAGCGACCAGCACUCGGCGAAGGCCACCUCUCUAGGCGUCGAGGGUCUGCCGACGGUCAUUUUCUUCAAGGGCGGUGCGGAGGUGGCCCGGCUCGAGGGUGCGGUGGGCUUGUCGCAGCUGGAGGAGGAAGCGGCGGCGGCCUUUGGCAUGGAGCUGGCAGGAGAAGAAAGUGUCAUGCAGCUAGUCACCAUGGCGGAGCUGGAGCUCUUGGUGCAAGUGGAGGAUGUCUUGGUGCUUGGCGUUCUGGGCGGCGGAAAGUGGGAGCAGGGCUCGGCGUCACUAGACGCUACUCUGCAACUACUUUGUCGCCAAUUUGGCCAGCGAGUUCAAGUCGCGAUGACGGACGCCUCGAAAGUUCCAGGAGUUGCGGAAAGUCUCCAGCUGGGUGAUCUGCCGGCCGUGGUGCUCUUCCAAGAGGGCUCGAAGGUCAUGCAGUUGGAGGGCCCCGAUGCUGCAGCGGUCCGCGUGGAGGAGCUCGAGGAUUUGCUGUCGGAGGCGAUGGAUUGAGAGCAAGCCGAGACGCGCCAACGCGCCAAAGUGCACUGGCGUGUGAGAAAAGUUAGGGCAGGUUCCAUUAUUUGUUCCAAUCUGGGGCUGUGCA